UAGGAUACCAUGCCUAUCCAUUAUGUAGCUACAUCAUCCGAACGAGGAACAUGAGGCCAACAAUUUUGUCCCUUGUUGAGAGGUCGUCCCUAUCUCGGAGGUCAAAUAAUGGGUUAUACUAAGUGUCCUUUGUAUAGAGGUCGUCCCUAUCUCGGAGGUCAAAUAAUGGGUUAUACUAAGUGUCCUUUGUAUAGAGGUCGUCCCUAUCUCGAAGUAUAA